ACGCACCGCUGCUCCCCUUCUCCGCUGUUUAGUGCGUCGAGCGGCGGAGGGAAGUGGAGUUCGCGCGUCUUGUUGUGCGUCCGUGGACCAAACAGCAGCAGCAGCAGCGGUGCGCUUUUCCUCCUCCAAAGCAGCAGGCAUCCCGGGGAGCAGUCACACCCUGCAUGCCUCGGACACCAGCAGGAGGAGGAUACUGUUCUCUUCUUCAUUAUUAUUUUGACUGAUUGAGACAUACAUAUUUUUCUUUUCCCUGAUGGUAACCAACACUCAGCGGCCGGAGACAUGUGGAAUAAUCUGGGGAAACUGUACCGCUUCUCACUAGCGUGUCUUCUCCUGACGCUGUGGGCUGAGGUGUCUCAGUCCACCGGUUACUUCGAGCUGCAAUUGAUUUCGGUAGAAAACCCCAAAGGUCAGCUCCUGAACGGCGACUGUUGCGACGCAGAGAAGAGCGCGGCAGAGGGCCACUGCGGCGCGGACGAGUGCGACACCUACAUCAGAGUGUGUUUAAAGGAAUACCAAACGGAGGUCACGACCAAUGGACCGUGCACCUACGGCUCGGAAACUACUAAGGUUAUCGGUGGGAAUACUUUUCAGUUCAAGGGCGGCCAGAAAACCGGCCAGAACCGGAACAACGACGCCGGGAAGAUCAUCAUUCCCUUCCAGUUCGCGUGGCCGCGAGCAUACACUGUGAUUGUGGAGGUGUGGGACAGGGACAAUGGCACACACAGCAAUGAUGAUGAGCUGCUGAUUGAGCGCAGCAUCGACAAAGGGAUGAUCAACCCCGGAGAGGAGAAGCAUACGGUGGAGUAUAAAAGCCUGAUCGCCAGCCUCGAGUACACCAUCCGCGUACGCUGCGACGAAAACUACUAUGGCAGCAAGUGCAACAAAGUUUGCCGUCCCCGCGAUGACUACUUUGGCCAUUAUGUGUGUGACCAGUUUGGGAACAUAGGCUGCAUGGAGGGCUGGACGGGGCCGGACUGCAAAACAGCCAUCUGCAAACAAGGGUGCAGCCUCCAGCAUGGGACAUGCAGCGUUCCGGGGGAAUGCAAGUGUAACUACGGCUGGCAGGGUCCGCUCUGUGACGAGUGCUUGCCGUAUCCCGGCUGUGUUCACGGUACCUGCCACGAGCCCUGGAAGUGCACCUGUGAGAAGAACUGGGGAGGUCUGCUCUGUGACAAAGAUCUGAAUUACUGUGGGACCAACCGGCCCUGUAAGAACGGAGGGACGUGUAUGAACACAGAGCCUGACGAGUAUAACUGCGCCUGUCCAGACGGCUACUCUGGCAAGAACUGCGAGAUCGCGGAGCACGCCUGUGUGUCCAACCCCUGUGCCAACGGAGGGACGUGCCAUGAAGUCCCAUCAGGCUUUGAGUGUCACUGUCCAGCAGGCUGGUCCGGGCCAACCUGUGCUAAAGACACAGAUGAAUGUGCCUCCAGCCCCUGUGCUCAGGGUGGAACCUGCAUCGACAUGGAGAACAGCUUCGAGUGCCUCUGCCCUCCACAGUGGACGGGCAAGACCUGCCAGAUAGACGUUAAUGAGUGUACGGGGAAGCCUUGCCUCAAUGCUUACUCUUGCAAAAACUUGAUUGGUGGAUAUCACUGUGCCUGCUUUCGUGGAUGGGUUGGCCAGAACUGUGAAAUCAACGUGAACAGCUGCCAUGGUCAGUGUCAGAACGGAGGGACCUGCAAGGAGGUGGCCAGAGGCUACCAGUGUGUUUGCCAGGCAGGAUUCGUGGGUCGGCACUGUGAGGUUCAGAGAAACCGCUGUGCCAGCAGUCCAUGUAGGAACGGUGGCCGCUGCCACGCCCUGCUGGACGGGUUCAUGUGUGAAUGCCCGCAAGGCUUCGCUGGUACAACCUGUGAGGUGCAGAAUGACCCAUGCAGCCCGAACCCAUGUCACAAUAAGGCCCAGUGCCACAACCUGAUAGGAGAUUUCUACUGCAGCUGCCCAGACGAUUACGAGGGCAAAACCUGUUCAGAGCUCAAGGACCACUGCAAGACCAACCAGUGUCAAGUGAUUGACAGUUGCACUGUUGCCGUGGCAACCAAUGACACCCAAAAGCGGGUGUGGCACAUCUCAUCCAAUGUGUGCGGUCCCCACGGCCGCUGCAUCAGCCUGCCUGCCGGGAACUUCAGUUGCUCCUGUGAGCCGGGAUUCACUGGCACCUACUGCCACGAGAACAUUAAUGACUGCGCGUCAUCCCCUUGUAAGAACGGAGGCACAUGCAUCGAUGGGAUCAACUCCUUCCAGUGUUUCUGCCCAGACGGCUGGGAGGGCAGUUUAUGUGAUGUUGAUGUGAAUGAGUGCAACAGGAACCCCUGUCAGAAUGGAGGCCAAUGUGUCGAUCUGCUCAACGACUUCUACUGCAACUGUGUAGACAACUGGAAAGGAAAGACCUGCCACUCAAGUGAGAGUCAGUGCGACUCCACUACCUGCAGUAAUGGAGGGACAUGUUAUGACCACGGAGACUCCUUCCUGUGUAGCUGCCCCUCAGGCUGGGGUGGCAGCACCUGCAACACAGCCAAGAACAGCACAUGUGACUCGGGUCCGUGCGAAAACGGAGGCACGUGUGUCGGUGGGGGAGACGCCUUCACCUGCAUCUGCAAGGAUGGCUGGGAGGGACCCACCUGUGCACAGAAUGUCGAUGACUGCAAUCCACAUCCCUGCUACAACGGCGGCAUCUGUGUUGACGGCGUGAACUGGUUUCGCUGCGAAUGCGCCCCGGGAUUCGCCGGACCGGACUGCCGCAUCAACAUAGAUGAGUGUCAGUCGUCUCCUUGUGCCGAAGGUUCAACCUGCAUGGAUGAAAUCAAUGGCUUCCGCUGUGUUUGUCCUCCAGGACAUGCUGGACCUCGCUGUCAAGAGUUCAUUGGACUUGGGAAGUUGUGUCGUCACGCUGGCUUGCAGUUUCCUCACGGCAGCCGGUGGGAGGAGGAGUGUAACGCCUGCCAGUGUGUUAACGGAUACGUUCGCUGCUCCAAGGUGAGAUGUGGUCGUCGGCCCUGCCUCCUCCCGAAGGCUCUGCCUCCUCCUCUGGACACGAACCCUCCGUCUUGCCCUGGAGGUCACGAGUGUGUGGAGCAUCAGUUCCUCACCUGCUUCUCACCGCCCUGUCACCAGUGGGGUGUGUGUUCAACGCCGGACCCCCCGACACCCCUGCACACCCAGUGUGAGCCCAACAGUGGUUACCUUGACAACAGUUGUGCUCGCAUCACGCUCAUCUUCAAAAAAGACAAAGUGCCACAGGGCACCACUGUAGAGAACAUCUGCUCCGAGCUGAGGUACCUCCCAGUGACUCAGACGCUGGCCGAGGAGCGAGCGCUGCUCAUCCUCUGUGACCUGUCCUACUCCAAUAGUGAUGCCGUGGAGGUCGCCAUGUCCUUUGAGCAGGACGGACGAUCAAAGGACAGUGAUCGCGGACAGAUCCAGAAGGCGGCCAGCGCCAUCAUCGGUGCCCUGUCCAAACGCCACAACAGCACCGUCAUGCUGGCCGUGGUGGAGGUCAAAGUGGAGACGCAGGUGGAGUCGCCCCCUGUUGGAUACCUGGUCCCGGUGCUGUGCGUCGUCUUCAGCGUCCUCUGGAUCUUCUGCAUUGUUGUUUGCGUUUGGUGGACCCGCAAGAGGAAGAAAGAGCGCGAGAGAGUGGCCCGAUCCGAGGACACGACAGUCAACAACCAGCUGGAGCCGCUGCGGAGCCACGCCCUCAAGGACAACCGCGACAAGGACAUUCAGUACGAAUGCAAGAAACUGAUGGGCCCCUCUGACAGGACGUGCGACGGGGCUGAGGGCGAGGAGGAAGGAGAGCAAGAGGGGGAGCAGGAGGAAGACGAGGAGAGGGCGUUGGGCAUGGGGGAGAAGUGUCCACCACAAAAGUGCUCCAAAGCCGGGGCGCAGGACAGGGGGAUGAUGGGUAAGGGAGGGGUCAUCUGCACAACGCGCAGCGGUCCGGUCAAGGCUCCGCACCGGACAGCGUACAGCCCCAAAGACAACCGGUGUAAAAACCUGAAUGCCGCCAAGCUCAGCGAGGACAUUAAAGACCACUAUGUAUGAACACAUGAGAGGAGGAGGGACCUUCCUGAAUCAAAGAAAAAAACUGCAAUGUCUUCAAUGUCACUGACUUUUCGACUCUUAAAAGCACCAAAAGUGAAGAUUACAGAUACUUUAAUUUUCUAUUUUUGUUUGUCAAACCUUAUUUAACUUCUUCGUCUGCAGCACGGAGGUUUAUUUAACCAAAAAAACCCAGAAAAACAACAACAAAAAAAAAGACAUGUAAAAUAAACAUCACAGCUUUGGAUUUCAGUUUAAUCAUCACUCUGUUGGAAUCAAGAAUGUUCUUUUCACCGCGCCUGAUAUUUUUCUGUUUACAAACUGUUUUCCACUUAUGCUUACCUUUUUUGGAGAUCUAACUGAAUUGGCUGGCAGCUGUUAACAUUGUUUCUACUGUUUGGUGCAUUUGGUUCCUGUCUGCCUUAGCCCAAACCUGCGGGCCUUUUCUACACGUCGUCUUGAUAUGUCUUUUUAUAAAAAAAAAACUUUAAAAAAAGAUUUUAUAUACAUUAAAGUCCUUGAAAGUUGGCACAGAGAAUCCACUGUAUGAUACCUGGCAUGAGCAUUUUUUUGUUUACAUUCAUAAACAUCUUUUCCAUUUUGUGUUAAAGCUUAAAUGUUCUUACAUAUAUCCUUAAAAUAAUUGUGUCACUGCUUCCUGCAAGUCUACAUGAUGAUCUUUCAGUAUUUGCUUUGGUAGAAAAGUGCCUUUGGCCCUCAUUUUUUUUCUCCUUUUCUCUCCUCCUAUAGAGUUUAUGCAGAAUUUAAAUACAUAUAAAGGGAAAGAUGUCCUAGUAACAACUCUACUUACCACAGUAAAGGUUAUUUUCUUUGCGAUGUACAUAUGUAAAUAUGAAAAAAUGGCUGUGUAUAUUUGAAUUUAGUAACUUAAGAGAUGCUUUGUAUCAUAGUUAAUCUAAAGAAUAAGACUGUUUUUUGUGGUUGUUGUAUUUUUAAUGAUGUCAUUCCAAUCACUAGUGUCUGUUGACACUAUGACAGGUUUUAUACAGAUGUUCGGACUGUGUCCAGGGUCCCACUGAAUCAUGAGCCUUGGUUUAAAAAGAAAACAGAUCAUGAUUGUUUGUCUUUAUGUGUUAUGAUUAUUUCUUACAGCUCUUAAGAACACAAAUACAGAGUUUGGAGAGCUGUUUGUUAGGCCUGUCAAUCAUUGCGAGAGGUUGUUAGGAUGUGAGCAGUGUUGACUAAGAGCUUAUACAGCUCAGUAGUCAUUGCUACAACUACAGGAACCUCCUUUCCAACAGUCCUGUCCUUUCAUUGGAGACUUCCAGAGUGAAAUUUGAUGUGUUUGAGGGACUUUUGAGCCCCUAAAAAACAGAUUCUGAGGGCCACCCCGCCUGCAAGAUUUACCUUUCUAUAGCUAUUUAUUUUAGGUAUCUUAAAAUGCCCUCCCACACCUACAAAUCCAAGUCUUAUGGGCCACCCUACUUGCAAAAAUCACCCUUUUUAAUUUAAUUUUUUAUUUAUUUCAAUUGUGAGUUUGAGUAUCCCACCCACAAAUUCAAAUCGUGGGCGAACCCUCCAAAAGCAUUCUAAAUGUCAUUGAUUUCAAUGCUGUUUUUUAGUAAGACAGCUUCUAAAUGAUGUUUUAGCAAAUACUGUAGGUCUUUUCUGCUUUUUACACAUUUCAUGCUGGUGUUUUACAUCCUACUGGCUGUAUGUACGUAUGUAAAUAAUACAAACACCCAGGUAGCAUCCCAUUCGAAAGCAGCAGAAUAUCAGUGCAUAGGCAGGUAGUACUGGGCGACCUGGCAGCAGCCAGCAGGCCUCCAGAAAGGACACUUUUGGUUUCCUUUUGUGUAAGACAUUUGCAAAUGGAGAAAGCUACAGGUCUUUCUCCCAAAGGUCUGGAGAUAGUUUAUUUUAGCAUGUGCCUGAACCCUUCAUUGCGACUGAUCUCUCCUCAUCGAUCCACAGUUCACCUUUUUUUUUAAAUGAUUCUGCAGGAUGAAAAUUGCAUUAAUUUCUUUUUUGCCCAAUAGUAUCAUGGAAAAUUACUUAAGCUGUGUCCAAAAUGACUCCCUCAUUCACUUAUUUAAUACUCUCUACAUGAAAACAGUCAGCUACUCUAUAGUGAGUCCUAUAUUGAGAUUUAUGACACAUUAGUAACUUCAGUUUGUGCCACCUCUGUAGUGUUGCAUAACCAAAAAUUCGAAAAAUUUGGAACAUUUAAAUUUUUGGUUACAGUUUGGGAUGUUUUUAAAGCAAAAGAAAUUCUACACUUAAAAUACACCCAACAACACUCUUACUUGCCACAUAAAAUUGUGGCAAGUAUUGGUGCAUCAGGUUGCAAAUUGAACAGAUUUCGGAGUUGCGGCUUUUGACUUUGUUUUGUAGUUUUUGUAUGUGAUUUCACAGCGUCCAUUUUGUUUCAUAAUUUUCUAUCCCUCUUUUUUUGUAAAUUUUUUUGUAAAUUUUUAGGGACUCCAGUUGUUUAAAAAGUUUUUGAUCCAAAGUUCUAAGGAGCUCUGCUGCACACUUUCUAAUCCAUUACUUGCUCUUGUUUAGGGAUUCUGAAUCGCACCAAAUAAAGUAGCCCUGUGCUGCGUCAGACAGUCGGGUCUUGAACCAGCGCUGAUGCAUCUUAUUUCUAUUUUCAAAACACACUUACGGGUCACAGGGUCCAAACAACUUAAAAGCACUGCUGCCAGUCUCUCGUCAGCCUGCUCAUACUUCAGUUAUAAAGUUACAAUUUUACAGUGUGUUGACAGUGGAGUGCCACGCAGAAGUGCCCUAUUGCAAGACACUGAAUCCCCAUCAUAGACAAAUCAAAAGGUGUGCGGUUUGAACGGGAAUCGACUCGCAGUGGAUGAGUGUGUAUCCAAAAAUGUUUCCCCUCUUUAGCCCCGCCUCUCCUUGUGUAUCUAUUCUGGUCUAAUGAAGGGAACAAGUUUUAUUGUUGUUGAUGUUGACUGUUGUGGUUGUUGUCCAGUGUUUGUAAAGAGUCUGUUUCUGCACUAGAACACGCAGGAGAAGAGAAACGUUUAGCAUCACCUCCACAGCAGUAGUGAGAAAACAAAGAGUCAAAUAUUGUCACUAUUUGUGGAUGAACAUUAUGUUUUCAAUAUUUUUUGUUUUUGUUAAUAAUGCUGAUGCAAAUCACGUUAAACCCAAAUUCAUAUUCUGUCAGUAAAUUUUACAUUGUGGUCGUCCCACAGGAGGGGCUGAAUGUGCAGAACAUUGUAAUUAUUUUGUACAAAAUUUGGUAAAAGUCUUGGUUUGUUAGUGGAAUUUUUCUUGUUUGUUCUUAGAACAAUCCUAUUAUUUAUUAAAGUAUUUUAUACCAAA